AUGUUUGCCUCCAAGACGAUUCUUCCUCGCGUGGCCCGCUGUGCCGCGCUGCCGGCCACCGCCGCGCGCAUGCCCUUUUCCUCCUCGCGCGUGCUCUCCCACAAAGAAUCCAGCUCGAACACAGACGACGACGUCGACAAGCACAAGCUCGACUCGCUCCGCAAGCACAAGGAUGGCGCCGGGCACUGGAAGCGCGAGCUCGCGUCGGACAGCGAGGAGGCCGUCAAGGCCGACAAGGGCCACGGCGCGGCGGCCACGGAGUCGGUGCAGGAGCUGCAGGAGCGGACUAAGAAAAUGGCGGAGGAGUCUAGGAAGAGUGGGACGAGUAAAACGCCGUUUCGCACCGCGCUCCUCGCCGGCGCCAUCGCCGGCACCACCGUCGACCUCUCCCUGUUCCCGCUCGACACGCUCAAGACGCGGCUCCAGUCAGCCGGGGGCUUCUUCGCCUCGGGCGGCUUCGCGGGCAUCUACCGGGGGAUCGGGUCCGCGGUCGUGGGGUCCGCGCCGGGCGCCGCCUUCUUCUUCUGCACGUACGAGUCGGUCAAGGGCGUGCUGGCGCCGCGCGUGCGGCACGAUGUGCUGACGCAGAUGGCGGCGGCCAGCUGCGGCGAGGUGGCCGCGUGCGCGGUGCGCGUGCCGACCGAGAUCGUCAAGCAGCGCGCGCAGGCCGGCCAGCACGGGGGCUCGUCGGCGCGCGCGCUGCGCGCCAUCCUCGCCGGCGGCAGCGGCGGCGGUAGCGGCCCCCGACUACUCGCCGUCUGGAGGGAGCUCUACCGCGGCUGGGGCAUCACCGUCUUCCGCGAGGUGCCUUUUACCGUCAUCCAGUUUCCGCUCUGGGAGGCCAUGAAGGCCUGGCGGAAGCGCGCCACGGGACGCCCGCAGGUGAGCGCCACCGAGAGCGGCCUGUUUGGGAGCGUGGCUGGUGCCGUCGCCGCCGCGUCGACGACGCCGCUCGACGUGCUCAAGACGAGGGUCAUGCUCUCGCCGGAGAGGGUCUCGGUGGCGACGGUGUUUCGGCGCCUGGCGCGGGAGGAGGGCAUCAGGCCGUUCUUCGCCGGCGUCGCGCCUAGAGUGACGUGGAUCUCGAUAGGCGGCGCCAUCUUCUUGGGGAGCUACCAGUGGGUGGUGAAUACAAUGGGCAUGCCGCCGUAA